AGCAAAUCCAAAAUACCAUUAAUUUUAGAUAUGAUUUUAAAUUUUAGAAUACAAAAAAUUAUUUGCACUCAAUGUCCCUCUUUCUCGCAAACUUCUUCAACAAUCUAAAACAUUACGUAGGACUUAUUUUUCAAAAAAACAAAACACACAAUAUAGUCAAAUACAUUAUUCACCAAUAGCUAGCACUGCAAAAACAAAUACGUGAGGACUUUCAAUCAUACAGAUGAUUUUUAGAUAAGAAAGUGAGGAAGAGCAAAGACAAGAGGGAGACCAAUUUCGGAGGGGUCUCGAGCAUGCAGAGGAAUACAGCCAAGAAGGGAACCGGUACCGGGAAGAAGCUGAUGGCGAAGAAGAACAGAGGAGAGAAGGAGACUUGAUCUGGUUUGCACUUGAAAGUGACGAACAGCAAAGACAAGAGGGAGACCAUUCUCGGAGGGGUCUCGAGCAUGCAGAAGAAUACAGCCAGGAAGGGGACUGGCAUUGGGAAGAAGCCGAAGGUGAAGAAGAACAGAGGCAAGAAGGAGAUCUAACUUGCAAAGGCUGCGAGAGUGAAGGAAAACAGAGGCAAAACCGAAAACUGAGGCAGAUGAAGGGAACCCAACAGAAAAGGAGGAAGAAAAUUAGACUUUCCAGCUUGGUUUAUCAAAGGGAUGAAGCUGCUGGGGAGAGAAAGCAAAGAUUAAAUGGUCAUAGGAGAAAAAUAAGGAAAUCAAUGGGGGAGAAGCUGAUGCCGAAGUUUUUAAGGAGCACAGAAGGUGAAGUAGCGGAUAUCUCUAUCGGUGGUAGUGGAAUUCAAAACUACAACAGGAUGUUGAAAAAACAACUUCAAAAUCAGUUAGCUAAAGAAAUAUGGCAGUUAGCUAAACAACUGGGGGCGACAGCAGAAAACGAUGAUGUGAUUUUGCAAAAAAUUGAAGAAAUGGAAUGUAGAAACAGACAAGCAAAGGAAAAGAAGAUGAACCGGGAAGUAGAUAAUGCACAGAAGGUAAGCAAAGCCCCUAAUGAUAUUGUUAUCCUUUAAUAUUAGAGGAUUAAGUGGGGUAGGUAAAAAAAGAAAAAUAAGGGAGCUGGUUAUGAAGGAGAGAGUGGAUUUUUUAGCAAUACAAGAGACUAAAAUGGAGAGUAUUGAUAGGAGUACAUGUACGAGAGUUUGGGGAACUGAUGACUUUAAUUGGAUUUUUAAACCUUCUGCGGGUAUGUCUGGAGGCCUUUUGUACAUUUGGAAUAUUAAUGUGUUUAAAAAAAAGGAGCUGAUAGAGGGGAAUAAUUUCAUUGGGGUGUGUGGUAGCUGGGGAGAGGAUCAGACGCUAGUGUAUGUGCUCAAUGUUUAUUCUUCAUGUCAUUUGAUGAGAAAAAGAACUUUAUGGGAGGAUCUACUAAAUUUGAUGAAUAGAAGAAGAGGAAAGUGGUGUAUAGAGGGUGAUUUCAAUGCUGUAAGAAAGGUAGGGGAAAAGGAGGGGUGUAGGAGUUUAACUACGGAAAUGAGGGAGUUUGAAAGCUUUAUUCAAGAUGCUGGACUAGUUGAUUUACCUAUGGUGGGCAGAAAAUAUACUUGGUAUAGCUCUAACAGCCAGUGCAUGAGUAGGCUUGAUAGGUUUUUGCUCUCAGAAGAAUGGCUUGAAAAAUGGGGGGAUGUAAAACAGUGCAGUUUGGAAAGAUCAGUGUCAGAUCAUUGCCCAAUACUACUAAAGAAUGAAAGGGUUGAUUAGGG